AUGGCUGCUCGAUUUGACGCUCGAGCGCUGCUGCUGGCGGCAUGGCUCGUCAACACUCAAGCGCUGCUGCUGGCGGCAUGGCUCGUCCAUACCGCAGCAGCGCUCAAACCUAUCACCAUCCAUGCGCGCGCGCUGGCCGCAACGGAGCAUCGCGUGAUCAGAGACACCUGCGAGCGCCUCGGCUACGCGGCCGACGUCGUGGCCGUCGCCGGCGAGGAGCGCGCCGCGAUCCUCGUCGACUGCGACGCGGAGGACGACGAACCGCUGGUCUUCGGCGUCAUGGAGUCGCUGGACGCGCUCGGCGGCGCGUCGGCGCUCGUCGCGCCUUGGCGAGGGAGCGCCGACGAGGACAGCUACGCGGGCGCGCUCCGAGACCACGUCGAGCGCUUCGAGCUGCGCAAGCGCGUCGCCGUCGACGCGACGUCGACAUGGGACCCGAAGGUAGUAUCGCCGGUCGCCCACGUCGAGAUCGACGGAGCCGUGGACGACGACGGCGAGUUCGACGUUAGCCGGUUGGUCGUGCUCGACGGCUUAGUCGACGAGCCGCUGCGGCGCGACCUCCUGGGCUUGCUGGGCGAUAGCGGCGACGGCCGCUGCGACCCCGAUCCGUCGGUGUGGACCAAGGACCUCUACACGGAAUUAGUGCUCGACGCGGCCGGGAACGAGGUUCCUCCGCCGCCCGGCGCGAAGGCGUGCUGGGGCCUCGACGGCGACCACCUGCUGGCUCUCUGCGACGAGGACACCGUCCCUCGCCCGAUCCUCGAGCUCCAGACGCGGCUCACGAAAUAUUUGGAUCCGAGCAUCACUCUCUGCCGCGUCCCCCCUGCGUGCCUCGGCGACGACAUUCUUCCCAUCGCCGCGAACGCUCCGCAGCAUCGGGACGGCUCGGACGCGUUCGACUGGCACAUCGACGGCGACCCGGCGCAGCAUCCGCCGUCUCCCUGGACCGACGCCUUCGGAUUCCACGGGAACCGGCGACGGGGAAAGCCGCGAUUCAUCAGCUGCCUCGUCUACCUCCCGGCGAUCUGGGAGACGGCGUGGGGCGCGCCGACGCGCUACGUCGAUCCGCCGACGAACGAGAUCUUCGAGGUGUCGCCGAGGCCGGGCCGCGUCGCGAUCGACAGCGUUGAGCGACAGGAGUGUUUUUUCGCGUGA